GGGCAAUAAUUUGUUUACCUUUCGCCAGUUUAAGCUUUCCGGUGGUUUUUGGAGCGGUAAAGUGACUGAGGAGCCGCGCCGUGAAUUGUGCGAAGGAUCGAGGGACGCCAGUUGAUUUACCGAAGUUUGCCGAACUUUGAGUGUGCGUGUGUGCCUGGAGCCUUAGAAAAGAAAGCGACUUGACGGUAAAACGGCGAAGGACAACGACAGCAAAUGUGGUGGGCCAAGAAGGGGUGAGGACAAUAAAAGCGGCAACGAACGGAGGGUAAACGAAAGGAUCCAAUCGAACGACGACUUACAUCGGUAGAAGCCCCACAUUCAACAAAUUCCCCAUGCUGGCCAUGUAGUACAGUGAACUACCAGUAACAGCAACAACUAAAACGAACUACAACACCGAGGUGCCCUUAGACAAUCUAUUCGUACAACAGUAACAACAAACUCUAACAACAAAUUGAAAUUGAUAACUGCCGAUUUUUUGAACUGACAAUAAAACUAAGCGCAACCGUAACACCAACAAGGAACCAAAAACCAAAUCAACCAAAAACAAGGUAUUUAAUCAGAGGAGAAAGUAAAAAGCCUAAAACAAAGCACGAAAAAAUGGGACGCAAAGUGACGGUGGCGGUGUCCACAUUGAACCAAUGGUCCCUGGACUUCGAGGGGAAUAUGGCCAGGAUACUGCAGUCCAUUCUGGAGGCCAAGGAUAUGGGCGCCAGCUAUCGAACAGGACCUGAACUGGAGGUUUGUGGCUACAGCUGCGAGGAUCAUUUCCGGGAGCCGGACACCUUCCUGCACUCGUGGGAGGUUCUGCUGGAGGUGAUGAUGUCGCCCAUCUGUGAGAACAUGCUGGUGGACGUGGGCAUGCCGGUGAUGCAUCGCAAUGUGGCCUACAACUGCCGGGUGGCGUUCUUCAACCGCCAGCUGCUGCUCAUCCGGCCCAAGAUGGCCAUGUGCGACGAUGGCAACUACAGGGAGUCGCGCUGGUUCACCGCCUGGACGAAAUCGCUGCAGACGGAGGAGUACGUCCUGCCGCGUAUGAUUGCCCAGCAUACGGGACAGCAGACGGUGCCGUUUGGCGAUGCAGUGAUUGCCACCAGGGACACCUGUUUGGGCUACGAGAUCUGCGAGGAGCUGUGGAAUGUGCGCAGCAAACACAUCGACAUGUCACUGGCCGGCGUGGAGCUGAUCGUCAACAGUUCCGGCAGCUACAUGGAGCUGAGGAAGGCGCACAUAACCACCGAUCUGGUGCGGAAUGCCAGCUUCAAGGCCGGCGGCGCCUAUCUGUUUAGCAAUCUUCGCGGCUGCGAUGGCCAGCGGGUGUACUUCAAUGGUUGCUCGGCCAUAGCCCUAAAUGGUGAACUCCUGGCCCGGGGUCAACAGUUUGCCCUGCAGGAUGUGGAGGUCACGUUGGCCACCAUCGAUCUGGAAGAGAUUCGUGCCUAUCGCGUCAGUCUGAGAUCACGCUGCACGGCGGCUGCGGGAGCAGCGGAUUAUCCCCGCAUCCAUUGUGACUUUGAGAUGUCCACGCACAGUGACAUCUUUAAGACGUCAACGCCGCCGCUCAAUUGGCCCAAUCACACGGCCGAGGAGGAGAUUGCCUUGGGGCCAGCCUGCUGGCUCUGGGACUAUCUAAGGCGAUCCGGUCAGGGUGGCUUCUUCCUGCCCCUGAGUGGCGGCGUGGACUCCAGCAGCUCCGCCACCAUAGUGCACUCCAUGUGCCGCCUGAUUGUGCAGGCUGUGCAACUGGGCGAUGCCCAGGUCUUGCAUGACAUACGCAAAAUCUUGGCCGACACCGACUAUACGCCGGAUAAUGCCGCCGGACUGUGCAAUCGACUGCUGGUUACCUGCUUCAUGGGCAGCGUGAAUAGCAGCAAGGAGACGAGACGACGGGCCGCCCAAUUGGCCAACCAACUGGGCAGCUACCACAUCGAGAUCAGCAUCGAUUUGGCUGUGAAUGCUCUGCUGGGCAUAUUCAAUGUCGUCACGGGUCUAACGCCACGAUUCCGGACGCAGGGCGGCUGUGCCCGCCAGAACCUGGCGCUGCAGAACAUCCAGUCGAGGAUUCGCAUGGUCCUGGCCUACAUCUUUGCCCAGCUGAUGCUGUGGGUGAGGAACCGGCCGGGCGGACUGCUCGUCCUCGGCUCCGCCAAUGUGGAUGAAUCGCUGCGCGGCUAUCUGACCAAGUACGACUGCUCCUCGGCGGACAUCAAUCCGAUUGGUGGGAUCUCCAAAAUGGAUCUGCGACGAUUUCUGAUCUACGCCAAGGAUAAGUUCAACCUGCCCGUGCUGGAGUCGAUUAUCGAGGCGCCGCCCACCGCCGAACUGGAGCCGCUGCAGGAGAACGGUGAGCUGCAGCAGACGGACGAGCAGGACAUGGGCAUGUCGUAUGCAGAGCUGUCCGAGUACGGGCGAUUGCGCAAGCAGUCCUUCUGCGGACCGUACAGCAUGUUCUGCCGCUUGGUGGCCACCUGGAAGGGUGAUCUCAGUCCCAAGGAGGUGGCCGACAAGGUGAAGCACUUCUUCCGCUGCUAUGCCAUCAAUCGGCACAAGAUGACCGUGCUGACGCCAUCGGUGCAUAUGGAGAGCUACAGUCCGGAUGACAAUCGGUUCGAUCAUCGCCCCUUUUUGUAUCGGCCCAACUGGAGUUGGCAGUUCAAGGCCAUCGACGACGAGGUGGACAAGCUGCAGCCCAUCUACACGCCAUCGUCGGCGCAACUGCGUCCCAGCAGCGACGACCUAUUGCUAUCCACUCAGCGAUCAUUAGCGCAUCUGGACGACUCCAAGCACUCGUCGCCGUUGUCCUCGGCCUCGGCGUCCGCAUCGAUUGACGUGGGCAUUUCCACGGCUGCCGUUCCACUACCAGGUGCCGCCGCUCCAGGCGGCCUCUCCAAGAAGCCCAGCGGCUACUCCAAGGUCCAUGUCAAUGUGCUCGGCAAGAUCAAGGAUCGCACGGGCAUUCCCGUGUAGGAACGACAUACUCGCAAAGCACUGGAAUUAUACAAAAAAACAAAUUUUUUUUUUUUUUUAGUAACCACAGCUUGAUGUCUUUUGCUGCCUAGAAACUAAGAAAUUAAAGUGAAAUUUGUUAGCAAUCUUUUGUAACUAUGUGCCUUCUAUUGUUCCUACAUUUCUUUGACUUCUUUGUUUAAUUAAAAAAAAAAAAAUACUUAAUUGCUUAGUAAUUUUAGAUCUAUUUGGCCAUAUAAUCAAUAAAAUCCCUAAGAAAAUCAUUCACACAAAUUUUUUUUUGAACAGUAAUUUUCUUAUAAUUUUUUUUAAAUCUAAAGUUUAAAAAAUUGACCAGUUUGAAAUUAAAGAAGUUUUCUUAAACACAUUUGCAUCGCUUAGUGUUACUUAAAAUGUCAUAAAUAUAACAAAAUUGAUUCGGAUAACUUAAAUGAAACUAUUAUUAAACAUUUAAUAUCAAGCACUUGACAAACAUUGAUUUUUAGAUCACUAAAUACGUAGCGCUAUCAUUAAGCAGCAGCAAAAGGCAUUAUCCUGUAUAUAUACAAAAUCCAUAUGUGUAGGCCUAGGCGUAGUCAUACUCAUAGCGUUGCUCGUCUGUCUAAAUCUUUUAUUUUUUUUUAGAUCCUUAGUCUUUUUAGAGUCUUUUCCAGUUUGCCUUAUCUAAAAGUCUUUAAUCUUGUCUAAUGCUCAAGCUAAAAAAAGAAUGGACGAAAAAUUUGUCCGCCUGUCCAAACAAUAUUUACAAUAAUCCUUAAAAAAAAACUAGGCAAGUCAAUUGCCAAACACAUUUAGUUAGAUAAAACAUUCUGUUUUAUUUGGCUUCAUAAAUUAAGGAUAACAUUUAUUUUGUUUUAUUAACAUAAACGAUGAAAAAUAUCCAAAAAUAUCUUUAAAUAAGAAUUAAAACAUAAAUGGUAUUAAAUUGUUUGUUUCAACUAAAUUCGUAUAUGUACAGAUAACUGCAAUACAAAUGAUGAUGAUUUUAAUGUUUUUUUUAAAGACACACCUUUAAAACGCACAGUUUACUUAGUAGUUAAGAUAAAUUCAUUAAUAACGAGAUACUUUAUCUACGUUUACGAAAGCACAACGCAAACUAUACCAUGUAAAAGAAAUUAGUAACGUCAAUUAUGUAAUCUGUGGUCAAAUUAUGCCGCACAAAAAUUAGAACAGGGCCCAUUAAAUCGUUGAACCAUUAAAGCUCGCUUACUGUUUGCAUAACAAACUGCAUUGGCUAUAAUUUAGGUAAUGUGGGGCGCCUUACAAGGCAAAAUGUUAGUUAGUCUUUUUAGCUACAUUGUACAUCAACUUUAUUGGUAUAUGCCUUACCUAAAAGAACCAAAAAAUAAAAAUGUUAAUUUUUACAUUGAUUUAAAACAUGUUUUUCUAAAAACGCCAUUUCAUUAGCAUUGCUAAACAUUUGCUAAUAAAUAAACUGCAUUCAUUUAAGGCACUCAGAUUGUUUGUUUUUCCUUAUUAAAUAAACUGAUUUAAGUUAAAAAGUAAGAUGACAAAGUUUAUGUAAAAUUUAAAACAUUUUUGGGACUGUUUCUCGGGAGAUGAGCAAUGUUUUGUUUUUAGUAAUGUAUGUAGAUUUAUAGCACAUUGUGAAUUUGAACACUCGCAUCGGAUCGAUUUAAUGGAUCACUGAUUAUACACCUCUGUAGAAGGAAAUAUAUACACCGAA